AUGGACUCAACACUGAGCUCAACGUCGGGCACCUCGGGGACCGCGACGGUGACGGGCCCCCAGACGCAGAGAGACCUCCACGCCCUCCAGCUCUGCGAGGAGGCUUUCCAUGCCGAGUUUGAGGGGAAUUUCGUCCAGGCAUAUCACUGCCACGCACAGGCCGUCGCCGCCCUCCACACCCUGGUAGAGGACUCGCGGUUCCUCGAUCGCGAGCGGAAGAGAGUCGCGAAGAAGCAGCUGAAAUUCCACCAGGCCAGACUCAACGUCGUGCGGCCUCUCAAAGAUGGAAUUACCAACCCCUCAUUCGUCAUGCUGCCCUCGGUAUGGACCGCUCGCGAGGAAUUCCGCGAGAUGCGCACCGGACCCCUCGGCCAAUCCCUGAUGGCGAUCACAUUUGAUGACAUCUGGCUCGCCAAUUUUCAAAAGCAAAAAGAGGAGGAACCUGGGCUGGCCCCAGAACAAACCAUGGCCCAUUUGCUGCAAACCCCUGUUCCCUACUACUCACCAACUCUACCAUCCAAGGAGCCCGCCACAGUAUAUCACAUCUCCGUCAGCCAGGAAAAGUUCAAGGUGGGCUCCUUCAUGUACUAUAUCAAAGUCAAGAGCGACACGCCGGAGCGACAAACGCUCUACACCCUCCAGGCCCACAAGCGCACCAAGCACUCAAUAGACAAGACCAGCCUCUACCGCGCGACCGAGUUCACCAAGAGGUGUCAAAAGGUCGUCGUCACCCCGGUCAAGCCGGGAUUCACCGAGAUUGAGGAUUCAUUCAAGGGACGGCCAAUGACCGUCUACAACGACAUGGGAGGCCGCAUCGAGGAGCAGCCCGACCGCCUGGAGAAGCCCGGAUGGGGGCCGCGACGGUUCGUCUACGGAGGCAGGAAUUUCGUAUGGGUGACGGAGGGCACGAAUGAGUGGGUGCCCCAGACGCUCUACGAGGUGAGCGAGAUCCGGCCGAAGCCUCGCAGCAGGACGGGCAAGAAGGAGCACACGGUUGUGGGGUCCAAGAUUUGCUGGGGAGAGGGCAGGUUUGGGUUGAGGACCAGUUCGGCUCUGUGCAUUGCGGCCGGGGUGGACCAGGUAUUCCGCGAGCACAUCUUGAGCGUGCAGCUCACUAGAUUUGCCAUUAUUCUGCAUGGGCAUGACAAGUGA